GAUGGAAAGUACCUGAUGGUCCUGCUUCUGGAAGUCAUUGUGAAUGGGACAGUUGAGCAAUACAAGAUGGAGAAGAAAUGCCCAAUACAGAACGAAGCUAUGGAUGCCCCAAGCCCCGACAUCUGCUCUGCUGUCAGCCAAGAGGACAAACUGGCCUGUGCUGGAACACCUGUAACCAGAGACAUCUGUGAUGCGUUGGGAUGCUGCUACUCCCCAAAUGAUGCCAGAAUGCCUUGUUUCUUUGGCAACAUGUUGACCACUCAGUGCGCAGUUGAUAACAGCAUGGUGAUUGCAGUGUCCAAAGAUCUGACCAGGCCAUCCCUGCUUCUGGACUCGGUCUCUGUGAUUGGUGUGGACCCUACCUCUUGUCCUGGGCUGUCAGUAGCUAGAAGUAACUCCUUUGCAGCAUUCAAAUUCCCAUUAUCCUGUAGUAAUGCCGAUCAGGUCCCUGAUGGUCCAAUGAACUAUGAGAAUACUAUUGAAGUUCCAAGAACCAUAGAUACAUGGCGGGGUUCUUCUAUCACUAGGGACAGUAUAAUGAGGUACACUCAGACCGGCAUUGCACCGCUGGCUGUGACUGUGCAUACCUUGCCGCCACCUUCUCCUGUUAGUACAUCUGGCCCCCUCGAGCUGGAGAUGAGGAUUGCACGAGAUUUCCAGGAUGAAUUUCAGAGUCUUGCCAAUGAUUCUGCUUGCGGCCUCUCAGUAGUAAGGAGACCUGAUGAGACAAUGGUGGUUGGUGCUGCUUAUGAUGGAUGCUACGUAAGAGAAGAGGAUGGAGAGCACCUAAUGGUCCUGCUUCUGGAAGUCAUUGUGAAUGGGACAGUUGCGCAAUACAAGAUGGAGAAGAAAUGCCCAAUACAGAACGCUAUGGAUGCCCCAAGCCCCGACAUCUGCUCUGCUGUCAGCCAAGAGGACAAACUGGCCUGUGCUGGAACACCUGUAACCAGAGACAUCUGUGAUGCGCUGGGAUGCUGCUACUCCCCAAAUGAUGCCAGAAUGCCUUGUUUCUUUGGCAACAUGUUGACCACACAGUGCGCAGUUGAUAACAGCAUGGUGAUUGCAGUGUCCAGAGAUCUGACCAGGCCAUCCCUGCUUCUGGACUCGGUCUCUGUGAUUGGUGUGGACCCGACCUCUUGUCCUGGGUUGUCAGUAGCUAGAAGUAACUCCUUUGCAGCAUUCAAAUUCCCAUUAUCCUGUAGUAAUGCCGAUCAGGUCCCUGAUGGUCCAAUGAACUAUGAGAAUACUAUUGAAGCUCCAAGAACCAUAGAGACAUGGCGGGGUUCUUCUAUCACUAGGGACAGUAUAAUGAGGGUGACUGUGCGCUGCAGGUACACUCAGACCGGCAUUGCACCGCUGGCUGUGACUGUGCAUACCUUGCCGCCACCUUCUCCUGUUAGUACAUCUGGCCCCCUCGAGCUGGAGAUGAGGAUUGCACGAGAUCUUGGCUAUGAAGCUUACUAUGCUGAAGAGUAUCCUCUGGUCAGAGUGCUGAGGGAACCGGUCUACCUGGAGGUCCGCAUCAUCCGUAGAACAGACCCAAACCUGGUCCUAGUCUUAAAUGACUGCUGGGCCACCAACUCUGCUGAUCCUACACUCCUUCCUCAAUGGCCCAUCUUGUAUGACAGUUGCCCUUUUUCUGUAGACAACUAUGUGAGCAGCCUGAUUCCUGUUGGCGCUCCUUCACCGGCUAUACCUCUACCCAACUACUACAAGCGCUUCCUUGUCAACACCUUCACAUUUGUAGACGCCAACACCCAGCUUGCCCUUGGAGGCCUGGUCUACUUUCACUGCAGUGCUUCCGUAUGUGUGCCAUCUAACAUGGACAGCUGUGUGGUCUCUUGUGGUGGAAGGAGAAGGAGAAUGGCUGAAGAGCAGGAGCCGCUGUCUCUGAAGAACACGGUGACAUCUGAAGGACCUGUUGUAUUUGUUUCUGUGGAUGAUGAAGAAAUGCUAAAACUGGAAGGUGCUGAUCCCUCGCAGUACUCCACUCUGGACCUGGCUAGAGCACUAGCAACUGCUGGAGUUAUUGGCUUGGUGGCUGUCACUGUUGUAGGCCUGUGGCUACGUCGCAGGAGACAAACCUCUAACAUGAAAGUUACAAAUGCUUAA